AGAGUUGCGGUUCUUGAUUCCCAGACUCCCCGGCAACUAACGGACGCACGUUGUUAUUUUCACUGGAAGCAGAAUGGAUGCAAUCAAUUAUAGGAACAGUUUAUAUGCGUCCGGUUUGGUCAUUCUGUUUGCAGUCCUUGGAAUCGUAGGGGGUAAAUGGCUAUCAGUUGCCGGGACUUUAGUUGUAUUUUCUGCAAUAUAUUUCUUCAGUUUUCCCCAAGUGUCUCAUGAGAGACUGGAGAACUUUCUGCGGAUGUUUGAGCCGCCUCCUGAAGAAGAAAGUGCAGACGCUACAUUUCUUCGUCGCACUAUUUUACAUCGUGGGGGCUGUACUGAUGCUCCUGAAAAUACUUUGCAAGCAAUUCAUGAAGCAGCCAAGCAAGGGGUAGCAGGAGUAGAGGUUGACUUGCGAUUCACUGCAGAUGGAAUAGGGAUUCUGCUUCAUGAUGACACAGUAGAUCGCACAACAAAUGGACAUGGUAAAGUUCGUCAAAUGACUUUUGAUGAGAUAAGAAGAUUGGAUGCUUCAGCUCAACAUAAAAGCAGAUAUAAACAACCAGUGACGGUUCCAACCCUAGAAGAGUGUGUUCAGGAAUGCCUUAAACACAAUCUGCUUCUCUUCAUUGACUGCAAGGAUUCUGCUUAUCAGACUGCACGGCUUAUAGAUGGGCUUUUCAAAAACUAUCCGCUUCUGUAUGAUACAGCUGCUGUUUGUUCAUUCAACCCAUAUGUCAUCUACAGGGUGAGAGCCAUGAACCCAAGAGUGAUCACUGGUCUAACCUUUCAAAAGCAUUUUAUUUCAUGUGAGGGGGACUGUAUUACACCAAGACGUGCAGGCUUUUUCAGUUAUUUUACUCCAUAUUUGGAUUGGAUCUUCAACUGGAUGACCUAUUCUCUAACCUGGCUUAUUUGUGGCAACUCAUUCUUCUUGAUAAACAAACAAAGCCUGAGCAGAGUGGAAGUGCAAUGGUGGAGAAAUCUUGGAGUUCAUGUCAUUCCAUGGACAGUGAAUUGUGAAGUGGAGAUGCGCUACUUCAUGGAUCAUUUUCAAGUGCCUAUAAUCACCGAUGGAUUUUAGACGUUUGUUGAAUUUUUGCAAAUACAGUAAAACCCUUCCUAUUAAGACUCACUAAAAUUCACCAAAAAACGGGUCAAUGUAUAGAGAGGUCAUAUGAAGGAGAUCAAUCAGUUUUUCUAUUAUUCCAUGAAUUAUGAAUUCAGACACCUAUAAAUUUAUGUUUGUUUAUUUAAAUGUUGAAAUAAUGAUCUUAAAAACUAUAGCAUAAUGUGUUUGUUAUUUUUGCUUUCACUUGGUCAUUCUUACUCUGCCAUUGUGAGUCUGUAUUGAGGAUUAAUAGGGGAACCAACUCUCCAGACUAGAGCAAUCAAUUAAUACAUACAUACCCUGGCAAACAAAGAUGCUCUCUUAAAUGUUCUACUCCUGUUGUUGAAGAUCAAUUCAUCUUUUGAGUCUGGAUGGAUUUGACUUUUGGUGUUGGGAUGAUAUGGUUGCAAGAACUGAAGCUAUAUGGUUUGGGUUGAAAUGACAGGUGACCCAUAAAACACGCAGGUUCUUGUAAAAUGUACUCAUUUUAUAUGAUUUCUGCAGAAAAUCAUAAUAUAGGGUAAGUGGACUGCCAAAAGCAGUAUAUAUAUCUAUAAAAAAAUGUACCUACAUUUUUUUUUCAACAUGCAACAUUCAACAUGCUCAAAAAAAGACAAUAGAACAUAAGCUGUCAGGGUUGGGUAUAAGUCGGGUUGGGUCCAACCCUUUCCUUUCAUCUCCCUCUCCACUGUUCUUCUCCACGUUUCAUUUUCUUCGGCCGUCUUGAGUCUAUCGUAGGUCGACUGCAGAGAUCUGCCGUCUACUGGCAGAGCACAUGUCCAAUCCAUCGCCAACACCUUUGUUGAUCUCCAUCUCCGCAUCCCCUGUGUUUGACAUUUUGGACCGAAAAUAGGUGAAACUAUCAACUUCCUCAAUCUCUUAGGGGUUCCCUUGGUGUGAUAAAAAGGAUUAUACUGGUUUCCUUCUUGUUUCAAAAGUAUGAUUUUUAAGGUUUUUACUUCUUUACUUUUUUUUAACUUCUAAAUGUGUUCAGGUACCCUGAGGAAGAUAUUUAUAUUUAAUGUGUAAUAAUAAUUAUUCAGUUUUCGGGAGGUCAUCUGCCCCAUGUCAACAUCACAUGCUGCUGGUUACAUGAAUGUCAACAGUGGUUGGCUGUAGAAAAUCAACAUUUCAGUUAUGUUUGAGGUUUCAACUUAAUAGUAAACAAUAUAAUGGCGUUCAUUACGGAGCAAGUAUAUGUACACUUCUUUACUUUUUUUACUUCUAAAUGUGUUCAGGUACCCUGAGGAAGAUAAUUAUAUUUUUAUGUGUGUGUACACUCGUGAGAGAGAGAGAUGAAAGAAUGUUGGUGUGUGUGUGUCAGUGGGGGGAGAGGAAUAGAGAAGAGAAAGACCAGAUGUGCAUUCUUCUCCCAUCAUCCCAUUGUAGAGGAAUGUUGUAAACUAUCUAUGGCAAACAUCUUUAAGUGUGGGACAGCAAUAAAUGCUACUUUUUUUUCUCCAUAGUAAUCUGCAAACAGUACUUAAAAUCUGUCUUUCUGUCACUGUUAACAUGACGUCUUGGAUCUAUUUAUAGUUUUAUAGUGCUGAAUGCUUUCGUCGUAGGAUAUGCAGUGUUUUUGCCACUGAGUUUACUCUUUACUUCUCAUUCAGAUUUUAUCUUUUAAAUUAAGUUUUGUUGUCUUUUGGAUGGAUUGGCCAGCUGGCUGGUAAUUAAGCUCUUUUUGCUGCUUUUAUCAAAUUGAGUAGAAUAUCACAUAUUACUCUCAGUAUGUACAAUUUUUUUUUAAAGCAGCACCAAAGUGUAAAGACACCUUCGCAUAUCACUGAUUAACAUAUCAAGAAAUUUGUGUAUUGAUAAUUUGGUUGAAGAAAUUCUGGUCUAGUGUUUCUUUCUUCACCAGUCAAAAAAGAAUACCUGGUCAACUUAUUUUGCUAUAUAUUAUCUCAUUCAGUAUGGGUGUAUCAACACUAUUGAGCUAUAGUUAUGAAGAUAUUCGCAUUCAUGGGUAUACAUUCCUCAAUUAUUAUUGUUGUUUUUGAGAACUGGCAAGACCAGUAAUUAUUUUUAGUAUUUAUAUACCAAUAAAUUAUAUAAAAAUA